GGGAUUCAAUCUAUGCUAGGAGCCUAAUAGGAUUUUUGCACUUUGAUUGCCUCCUUAAUUUCAUUUAAUGUAGGGUUUCAACCCGUAUUCUGUGAUAUGUUUUUAGGGUAGAUUAUGAAUUAUGAUGAAUGUUAUUUGCUUUUGAUUGGAGAAAUUGUUGAAAAUGUUCCUUCCAUCUAUUUUUAAUUUCUGUAAUGUCACUGAUUAUUUUCCCCUGUUUAUCUUUACAUAGAUCAGUCCAAGAUUUAAAGCCUUUUUUAUAUAAUUUAACUUCUCUAAAAGCUUGCAUUGUAUUAUCUUCUAUAACAUUUCUCUCCAUAAAAAGGAAUUGGCCAUUCAUAAAUCUGCACUUCUUUUUCCUACAUAUCUUGUCAGGAUCGAAUCUUGAGCACUGUUCUUUUUAUGGCUGAGUGUUGUAACUGCUCUCAGUAGGCCUGGGUUUUCUUGUGUGUUGUGUGCUGGCAAUAUGUUUGUUUUCACCUUCUACCAAAUUUGCUCAAUUGUACUUUCAGUAUUUAUGUCCCCAGAUGUAAAGUUCCCUUUGUUAAUUAUUUGUAGCUCUUUUGGCUUUCUGGGGUCAUUAGGGUUCUCUGUGUUAAUUUUUGGUUUUACCAGUCCUGUUAUUGGCCUGCUUAUAUUAAUGCGACAUCUAAAACUAACAUGUACCAAAUAAUGAUAUGAAUUACAGCUGGCAACAUGGUAUGAUCUUCAAUUCAAUUCAAUUUAUUUCAAAUUCAAAAUAGAUCCAGAUGCAGGCUGAGAAACAACCAUUGGAUAUAGAAUGAGUCACAGAUCGAAAAACAAACAUUCCAUUCCCACAGGAACAAGUCAAGGCAUUCAUAAUAUAAAACAAUAAAAAGGAACACAUCAACCAUAUAUACAACAAAACUCCCCCAUUUUACAAAAACAAUGCAGAACCAAGACAAAGAACUCUCAAAGGUUUCAGGCGUCAUUACAAGCUCUUUUUUCAUUUUCAUUACUCAUCUAUUAUUUCUAUAAAAUCCAAAUACUUUAAGAUGUGGAAAGGUCAUAUUAGAUAAAUAAGCAGUACAAAGAACUAAGUCAAGACAUAAGAAUAGAAGCGGAAUACGAUUAAUCUUACCGACUAAUAUAUACAAAAAAUUCAUCCACAGUAUAAAAUGGGUGACAACUCAAGAAUUCUUUUAAUUUUAAUUUAAACCGUUUUAUAUCAUUAUAUAAUUGCUUCAAAUUUAAUGGGAGACAAUUGAAUAGUUUGAUGCCCAUGAUAUAUGGGCCAUUUUUAUAUAAUGGUAAAUGAGUUGAGGCUUGAUAUAGAUUUAGGUUCAAUACCUGUCUAGUGUCUCUAUUAUGUAUAUCAAAUGCAAAAUAAUAUUGAGCUAUGCUAUCGACCACAAAAGAUAGUAGUGAAUAAAUAUACAAAGUUGAAAGAGUAAGAAAUUUAAGAGUAGUGAAUAUCGUUUUACAUUAGUUUCUAUUACCAGCACCAGUUAUUAGUCUCACCGCCCUCUUUUGUAAACAAAAGACAUUGAUAGCGUACGAAGAGUUACCCCCAAAAAUAAUGCCAUAUUGAAUAAAAGAGUGAAAAUAGGCAUAAUAAACCAUCAGCAAAGUUUCCUGAUUCACAAACGGUGUUAUGACUCGGAUUGCAUAGCACACAGAGCUAAGUUUCGCGAUAAGUGAGUCAAUAUGAGUUUUCCAUGUCAGAGUAUUUGCAAUAUUAACCCCCAAGAACUUUAAAUGGGUUGAGUUGGGUAUUUCCAUGUUAUCAUAUACUAUUUUCAUCUCAUGUUCAUGCAUAUUUUUUGUAUUAAACUUGACAAAUUCAGUUUUAGAAAAGUUUAAUGAGGAGCUUCAUAACUUGCACUCUUCACCAAGUAUAAUUAGAAUGAUCAAGUCAAGGAGGAUGAGAUGGGCAGGGCAUGCAGCAUGAAUAUGGUCGAAGAGGAGUGGAUAAAUGAUAUUGAGUGGGAAAGCCAGAAGGAAAGAGACAAUUAGGAAGACCAAGACAUAGGUGGGUGGACAAUAUUAAAAUGGAUCUUGGAGAGAUAGGAUGGAAUGGUAUGGAAUGGAUUCAUCUUGCUCAGGAUGGGGAUCAGUGGAAGGCCCUUGUGAACAACAUGAUGAAUCCUCAUGUUCCAUAAAAUGCUGGGAAGUUCUUCAGUAGCUGCACAACUGGCGGCUUCCCAAGAAGGGCUCAGGUCCAUGAAGUUAGCUGUUGUGUAGAGGGGAACCCAUGGUGCCAUUAGGACUUGGUGAAUGGAAAAACUAAUGUUGAUAAUAAUCAGUUAUAUUCUAACAAUGAACCUUGUUUGUGUGCAUAAUGAAAGAUGAAAGAACUACCCAUAUAAUUUGACUUGUUGACUUUUUGUAGGUAGUUUUAUUGUUUUGGUCAUUUAAUGUAGUAUCCCUGCAUUGUAUUAUUAAAAUUUGUUGUAAGAUUAAGACUAAUGUGGUAUGAACAUAUUCAUACACAGAUGAAAAGAUUUCUUUAAGACCAUCAGAAGCAGAGCCAGCUCUAACUUAAUUUCAGCCCUGGGAGAUGUGAAAUCCCUCCCCAAAACAGUUCAAGUUUCUUAGAACUUUGUCACAAUUAAUAACACAAAAUUUCCACACGUGUCGAAAAAUAUUAUUAGUGUCACAAUUCUCAAAACAGUUUUAUUUACGUUGUUGCACACAGUUUAUAGAUUAUGUCAAUUAAUUGUGGUGAUCUGAACAACAGAGCAGCAGAAAUUGAUUUCCAUUAAAAAUAUGAAGUGGGAUUUGUAAAAUGUACCACCUUUAGAAUCAUGCUGCCUCAGGCAGCUGCAUUGUUUGUCUGAGCUGCUGAGCUGUCCAUGAAGAGAAAUGAAAAUAUUGUGUAAUUAACCAGUAGAGAGACCAUGGAUCCAGUGAAAGAUGGUAUAUGAAAGAGUGCUGUGAAUGAGUGGAUGCUAACAAGAGAAUUGUUUUAUGGAGUGUGAGAGAAUAGAGAAGGCUGUCACAGGAUGACACUUGUAGAUGUGAACCCAUAGAUGAGUAUGAUUCCAGCACUUUCUUGAAGGGAUUAGGGUAAACCACAAUGAAUUCAGAGUUGAUAUAGCCAGUCAUCGGUCAUAGUUCCAAAGUUAUGUCCUUUCAAAUAUGAAGCAGGUUUACCAACCACUGCACUGUGAUGUUUUACCAGAGGUGCUGGGCUUAGAAGAACAAAAGUAGUAUUUGAGUGUAACUUGAUAAUUUCUUUUGUAGUUUUGAAUUAUGGACACCUCAAAACUGAGAAAAUCUCACUCAGUUGAAAAUGAAGCCGAGCUUCAGAAAGAUAGUGACCAUGAUGAUGGCAUACUCAGUAAGAUGGUGAACUCAACGGAGAAGGUUGGAGAACUGAAGCUGAAGGAACUACCAUUGGUUCAUCAGAUGAAAAAGAAGCCUGAGAACUUGGACUCAGCAGCUUCUCAUGAUUACUGGGUAAUGGGAGGACCAUUAGGUGCAAGAAAUACAGUGCUGAGGUUCCGAUGCAGUGCCCUUUCGGACCCCCCUGUUCAUCCUCCAGCACAUGAGCUUCAUAUGACAUACAGGACAAUCCAAGCAGAAACCAAACUGCUGUCUGCUGUUCUCCAUUCCCAUGGCAUGAGAGAAGUUCAUCCGAACAUUCCUGACUUUAACCUGCUGUGGACAGGAAUCCACCCUAAACCCCAUCUGUUGAAAGCCAUGACACCUUACCAAAGAGUGAAUCAUUUCCCCAGGUCAUAUGAACUUACACGCAAAGAUCGUUUGUACAAGAAUAUUGAGAAGAUGCAGCAUGCAAAAGGAGCAAAGCACUUUGACUUCAUUCCUCAGACAUUUGUGAUGCCGAUGGAUUUUCGAGAAUUGUGUUCAUCACAUUACAGGCACCGUGGCCCAUGGAUUGUGAAGCCAGUUGCUUCCUCUAGAGGAAGGGGUAUUUAUAUUGUCAGUAGUCCUGACCAAAUUCCCCUUGAAGAGACAGUGGUUGUCGCAAAAUACAUUGAAAAUCCUCUGCUGCUGGAUGGUCAUAAAUGUGAUUUGCGGUUAUAUGUGGCUGUGACUUCAUAUGACCCUCUCAUUGUGUACAUGUAUGAGGAGGGACUAGUACGGUUUGCAACCGUGAAAUAUGACUCAAGUGGCAAGCACUUGUGGAAUCCUUGUAUGCAUCUGUGCAAUUACAGCAUUAACAAGUACCACUCGGAUUAUAUCAAGAGUGAGGAUCCAGAUGCAGAAGAUGUAGGCCACAAGUGGACUCUGAGUGCACUGUUGCGACACUUACGUGCACAGGGAACAGACACCUCCUUCUUGAUGCAAAGGAUAGAAGAGGUAGUGGUGAAGGCUAUCCUAGCAUCUGCUCCACCCAUUAUAUCUGCUUGUCGCAUGUUUGUACCUCACCCUCGCAAUUGUUUUGAACUGUAUGGUUUCGACAUUUUGAUUGACUCAGACCUGAAACCAUGGCUGCUAGAAGUGAAUCUUUCGCCAUCCCUUGGCUGUGACUCACCUCUGGAUGUCAGAGUCAAAUCAGCAAUGUUGGUUGAUCUCCUGACUCUAGUUGGUUUGCCUACUGUAGAUCCAAUGCUUCGUCGUGCCAAUGAAACUCGCCGACCUCAAAGUCAACUAGAUAUUCUGAAGAAACUUAAUUAUCGACGUGUCCAGUCUGCUGAUGCUCUGGCUGGUAGCAGCAAUAGUAUUGGAAGGAAGCCACCUACAGUAGUCACAUCCUCACGGUUGGUUGCUAGUUCCCUUUCACUCUCUCCUGAAGAAAACCGCAUCAUCAAGUCAGUUCGUGCAGAAUUUGAGCGAAGGGGUGGAUUUGUGCGAAUAUUCCCAUCAGCUGAAAGCUGGAAACGUUAUGGAUGUUUCCUAGAUCCAGUGACUGGAAUUACAUGUACUUCAGUAGUUUCUGGUGCCCAGUUGUGUGCCCCGCCUGUGAUGGUGCUCCACAACUACAAUCUGCUUAUUCAUCAGCAGCUGUUUCCUGAGCUACAAUCAGCUUGUAAAGCUGUGAGCUCUCCACUUCCAGAUCGCCUUACUCGUUAUGAGAGAGCUCUUUUGCAAGGCCACAAGAACAGUUUAGAUGAAAGACAUCUCAACAAAUCUGAAAGUGAUGAGUCAGUUGUUGCUGAGGAGAGAAAGGAGGCAACAGAACUGAAGAAUGAAGUAAUUCAAGCUAUGGAGGAUGGCAGUCGACUCAGCCAGCACCAAGCUCGACGAGCAUUUACUCAGUAUCUGAUCUGCAUCCUGCGACAAAUAUCUGGACAAACUAGAGCAGAUUCCAUAACUGAAGACCAUGGUAAAUUGAUUUUGCGCUUCCUACAAAAGGCUUCUUCCAGUCUCCGUACUCCAUUUUUUGUCCAGGUUCCAAGUCGAAAACUUGCUGGGAAAGAUCGUGUGGCUGUAGUGGCAAAACAGCUGAAUGACUUUAUCUACCUCUACAACAGGGAAACAGAUCUGUAUAAUGAAGGGACAGACAACCCCAGUGUCGUACCAGGCAAACUUUAUCAGCAGUUUCUUGCUGCAGCUAAUGAGCAAGAUCUUGAAGAAAUUCUCUCAGCACAGACACGGCUAUACAAAUGUGCACACUUGUACUUGGGUCAUUCAGGAACAAAUUCUGAUAGCAUACAACCAUUUGGUUUGCUGCGUUCACUGCCAUAUUCUCCAGGAGGUCGGGACAAGACCAGCUGUGAAUGUAGUGUAUCUCAUCGUCGGAAAACACUGCCCAGUCUCCCCAAGAGUUUGUCAGCUGCAGGAGCCUCAGCCACAGCACAGAAAAGCUCAAAUUUGCCUUCCACUGCCAGUGGUGCAGGCAAGAGGCAGAGCCUUAAGAUUUCCCGAGCACUGUGAUAAUCACUGUCAAGCCUUUCAUUCAUCAGUGACACUUUAUACGUGCAAUAUAUGCCUUCAAGUCAAAGGAAUAGUGUCUUUAUUUAAAAUAAUUAGCCAAAGGGAAAAUAAUAGCUUUAAUUUUUUCUAGUGGCUGUAUUGUAAUAUGUGUGAGUUCUCAAAUAUGUCUUGUGAAACUGAGAAAUGUGGAUUAAGGCCAUGAAAACAGGAGGCUGUAAACAGCACAGUACUCUGGAAUAUCCGAAAAUGAGUUUCUUGCUAUAAUGUUAUAAGUUUUGAAACCUAAUAUACAGUGCAGUAAUAUAAAGCAAAUUUAUUUCAGCUUGUAUAUAUUCUGAGUAUACUGCAUGACCAGUUACAUAAAUCAGUAUUUAUUUAACCGUAUACAGUGGGCACUUUGGGAUAAAUACAUUUCUUUGCAAUUUAAGGAGAUCUGAUGGCCUCAGGGUAAGACCUUUGAUACUCUAUCUGUGUUUGUGUGUAUACUUUAAUAGUUAAGAUUUGAAAGAGAGCUUCUUAGUACAAAUGUUUAUGACAUUCUCACUAAACUACAUGCUCUACAGAUAGCCACAGCACACACUUAAUCUCACAGUUUGUUAUGUCUUCACUAGUCAUUGCUAGGUAGUGGCUUCUAACAGUGGAAAUUCCUUUACUUCUGUGUUCAUGGCUAACCACGAAACUAUGAGUGCUGACUCACAACUAACUAACUUGUCCUGUUGGUCCUCAUCAUGUAGCUUCAGGAUGGACCACACAGAAAUCACUGCUUCCAACAGUUCUUCUGUUGUUGCAUGCAUAUUCAUUGCCAUGGGAGUCUAUUUACCAAGCUGUUACCUAGCCAUGGCCGUUUCUCCUUGUUUAACUAUUCUCCCUUUCAGGAAUCAUGUGACAAUACCUUGUCACUACCUUGUUCAGAGAUUUAUAUAUCUGCCCACUCUCUUUGUUGUCCUGUCAUUGGAAAUAAUUACAGCUGCCUAAUGGGCACGCCAGUGUUAGAAAUAACUUUCUGUCACUGGGUGAGGAGGGGCAUGGAACAUCUACAGAAGGUAAUUUGGCACAUGGACAAAAUAGUUCUACAGUGAUGCAAGAACUGAAGUAGUGUGUUUCAUUUUUGCUUUUGAUUUACAGCAAUAAACCCAUUCACUUCUGUAUUUCACUGUACAGGCUGUUGCUUCCUUCUGUCUUUUAUUUUCGUUAUGAACUGUUGUCAGAGACAUUAUCUCUAUACUUUUUACAUAUUUUGUGAUGGGAUGUCUUUUAAUUUAAGCAUGAAUGUGGCACUGCUGUUUGCAAUUGAUAAAUGAUGAUGAUGAUGAUGAAAUGUGUGUUGAAUGAGGCAAUAAUUCUCCACAUGCUCCAUCUAGUUAAUGUUAGAAUAGGAGAUAUUUUGUAACAGCAUUUUUUACACAAUUUAUAAUGUAAGGUUUUGUUGUUGCACUACUGUGGUUGUGUUGUUGAUGCUGUAAAUUUAUUUUUUCAUUCUGUACCAUAUUUGAGAGUAAUUGUUUAACAGAUACUUAGCCCUUAUUUUAUCAUUAUUUUGAUGAAUGCAUUUUCUGUACCAUUGAAUGUUUUACAUUUUGUCUGGUUAUCCUUUCUGCAGCUCUGUACACAAGAAGAGUAGGCAUUACUAAGCUAAGUUCUGGGGGACAGUGAUGUGAAGUGAAAAACGUUUUGCUGUUUUGCUGCAUGGUUAUAAUGAAUUUAUUAAUAUAUUUAUUUAGUUCACUUGGAUUUUUUUUUUACUGGUGGCUACAGUUACUCGAAUCCAAUUAUAACAUUUAUUACUGGAAAAACAGAAAAUACAGUUUUCAAGAAGCUCUUCUAAGUAAGAAUUUUUUGUGAAAAUUAUUAUAGCUGAUGACAGACAACUGGUGGCAGAUCCGUCUACUGUGAGAAUUAAUACUGCCUAUAACCAGCAAAUGCAACUCUCUCUUGGCACACAUUAUUAUCUUGGCCUCAAGCAGCAUCAUUAUUGUUUCUUGUAUACAGAAGUAAUUUAUUUAUUUAUUUAUUUAUUUAUUUAUUUAAUGGUGCUGUAUCAACCAAAUUGGCACAGCUACUUUAAGAAAAGAGGUACAGUGAAUUAAGUUAUUUUUUGUGACUGAAUAGUAUCAUCCAUAUAUUGAGAUAACAUCACCUCACCACAUAUCUACCGUACCUAAUAGAGCUGGAGUUAUGAUAACUGGAUCAUAGUCUGUUAGGAUAUGCAUAUGAACAGAACUAGAGACAAUAGUUCUGAAAUGAACAGCUAGUCACUUAUAGUAUAUUUGCAAAAAUCUUUCCUAAGCCAAAGGUGACAUAUAACACCAAAAUAUUUGCCUGUACAAUGACAAAGACCAGUUACUUUAUUACAUACUUCUAUAAGGAGAGAAAAUUCUAUAUAAUCCAUAAAGUUUUAUUACAAAAUUUGAUUCAUUAAUAGGUAUUAACAGUUGUUUAGUUGUAUUACAAGUUUCCAUAACAUUCUGAUAAAAUAUUAUGGAAUUAUUUUCUGUAUUAUCUGUAUAUAACUUAUAAAAAAGUUUUGGGUGUUUUUUCUUUAAGAAUCCUUUCAUAAAUUAGUGACUUAAAUCUGAAAUCUGACCACCAUUGAUGCCUAUGCCUGUGGUUCCAUCUGCAGUUGUAUAUUGAAUUUUGCAUGGAAUCCUAGCACUUGACACUGGAUAAGGAAGCUGGUUUGAUUCCUGAUUAGUUCAUUGGCUUUUUCAGUUGACCUAAUCCUUCCAGCCUCACU